AUGGCUGAGAAGGAGAUCCACGACAGGUCCGAGAUCGAGGACGUGCCUGUCGACAAGGAUGCUGUGGACUUCAACAGCCUGAGCAUAAAAGGCGAGGCUCAAGAAAUAGACCGCGCCUUGGAAAAGAAGGUGCUGCUGAAGACUGAUCUCAACCUGGUCCCCAUCCUCUUCCUUCUUUUUCUCUGCGCCUUCAUUGACCGAAUAAAUAUCGGCAAUGCACGAAUCCAGGGUCUGGAGGAGGACCUCAACAUGCACGGCCAGGAUUACAACAUCGCCUUGUUCACGUUCUUCAUCUUGUACAUCUUGUUAGAGGUCCCUUCCAACCUCCUGCUGAAAAGGAUUCGGCCGUCAAUCUUCAUUCCAUCCAUCAUGUUAGGCUGGGGCGUGGUCACGGUCUGCCAGGGCGUUACACAUUCGUUCGCAGGGCUCGUGGUCUGUCGCAUCAUCAUCGGUGCGCUAGAGGCCGGGUUCUUCCCGGGCUGUCUCUAUCUCAUCUCAAUGUUCUACAAGCGCCACGAACUCCAAUGGCGAUUCAAUCUGUUCUUUUCUGCUUCCAUCAUAGCCGGCGCUUUCAGCGGUCUCCUGGCGUAUGCCAUUGCCCAUAUGGACGGCAUCGGAAGCUAUGCCGGGUGGAGAUGGAUCUUCAUCCUCGAAGGCAUCUUCACCGUCGUCGUAGCCGUUGCUGCGUACUGGAUCGUCCCGGAUUGGCCAGAGACGGCGAAGUUCCUGAAGCCCGCCGAACGAGAGCUACUCAUCGCUCGACUGGCAAUGGAUGUCGAGGGUGCCAACAUGAGCCACUGGAACAACAAGACAGCUAGGCGUGUCUUCAGCGACAUCAAAAUCUACCUUGGUAUUCUUAUGUACUUGGGAAUAGUCACGACCAGCUAUUCAGGAGCAUUCUUCACCCCGACGAUCUUGAAACAGCUUGGUUGGACCUCGAUCCAUGCACAAGUCAUGUCGAUUCCCAUUUUCGUCUUUGCGACUGUCUGCGCGUUGACGUGCGCUGUUCUCAGCGACAAAAUGCAUCACCGCUUUGGGUUCAUCCUUGGAGGCUGUCUCCUUGCGACUAUCGGAUACGCCAUCUUGUUGAACAUGCAUCACGUUGCAGUCGGAGUCCGAUAUUUCGCUCUUUUCGCGAUCGUUGGCGGCGGGUAUAUCGCACAGCCAAUUACCCUCGUGUGGUUAAACAACAAUGUCUCUGGCCAUUACAAGCGUAGUGUCAGCUCCGCGAUGAUGGUCGGAUUUGGUAACUGUGGUGGUAUCAUUGCAUCUAACAUGUUCUUGGCGAGUCAAGCACCAGAGUAUGAACUUGGAUAUGGACUAGGUCUCGGCCUCGUCUGGCUCUGCGUCCUCAGCUCUGUGCUGUUCCUGUUCCAUAUCAGGCGCGAGAACAAACUGCGCGAUCAGGGCCGAAGGGAUGACAGAUACGAUCUGCCCGACGACGAGAAGAACAACCUUGGAGAUGAUCAUCCUGGCUUCCGUUUUACGUACUGA